AUCUCCUCAUGUUGGUAAUCUUUCUUUCCUUCAACUACUCGAUCUUGGCAACAAUAGCUUCUACGGUCAUCUAACAGAUGAAAUAGGCCAUUUGCGUCGCCUAAAAACCCUUCGUUUAUUUUUUAAUAUGUUAGAAGGAAACAUCCCACUGAGUUUACACCACUGUCAAAAGCUUGAAGUGAUAUCUCUUGCAAGUAAUAAAUUUAGUGGUACAAUUUCGAAAGAGUUGAGCACCUUACCCUCUCUACGUUUCCUUGCUCUCGGAGGAAAUGAACUUAUAGGUACUAUUCCACCUUCCUUUGGCAACAUUUCAAGCUUGGAAGUGUUUGGGCUAGAACAUAAUCACAUUUAUGGAAACGUUCCAACUGAAUUGGCACAACUUCCAAAUUUGAAGUUAAUUUACCUUUCAUUCAAUUAUCUCACAGGUCCAAUGCCUCCUGCAAUUUUUAACAAGUCUUCAAUGGUUCGAAUUGGCUUGAGUUCUAAUGCCUUUUCUGGAAACCUUCCAACAAAUAAUGACUUUUUCCUUCCUAAUCUUGAAUUCCUCUUUUUGGAUGAAAAUCAACUAACUGGAAACAUCCCUUCAUCUCUCUCCAAUUCUUCUAUGCUCACUAUGCUAACGCUAGCGACCAACUUGUUUACUGGACCAGUACCAAAACAUUUAGGCAGUCUAAAACACCUAGAAGUUUUGCAUUUAUUUCAAAAUCAACUGACAAACGAACCAGGAAGUAUUGAACGUAGUUUUCUCACAGAUUUGACAAAUUGUACUUCCUUGGUGGACUUGUAUGUGGGACAAAAUAAAUUGAGUGGCACCCUACCCAAUUCUAUUGGAAAUCUUUCAAACUCUUUGCAAGAACUUGAUGUAUCUGAAAACCAACUAAUUGGUACAAUUCCUAAAGAGAUUGGUUCUUUGAGGAAUUUGACUCUACUUUCAUUGGCUGUCAAUAAUCUGAAUGGAAACAUCCCCUCCACUCUUGGAGAAAUUAAAAGCUUGCAAAGGUUGUAUCUUGGUGGUAACAACUUUCAUGGAUUAAUUCCAAAUGAGAUUUGCCGAUUGAGCAACUUAGGGGAACUUUAUGCAGGGCAAAAUAAGUUAUCUGGAUCAAUCCCAAGUUGCAUUGAAAAUCUCAGAGGUUUGCAGGUGAUGAAGCUUCAUCACAAUAAAUUGACCUUUAUACCGUCGAGUUUAUGGAACCUUGAAACUUUAAGGCUCUUGAAUCUUUCGUUCAAUUCAUUAGGUGGAAGCCUAGAUCCAAACAUAAGGGCAUCGAGAGUGUUGGAAAUCAUGGAUUUAUCUUGGAAUCAAAUCUCAGGAAGCAUUCCGAGAGUUAUUGGGUCAUUUCAAAGCCUAACUUCUUUGAACUUGUCUAGGAAUUCAUUCUCGGGACCCAUUCCCAACACAAUGGGCAAUUUGAUAACAUUGGAUUACUUGGAUCUUUCACACAAUAAUCUAUCUGGACAGAUACCUAAGUCUCUUGAGAAACUUUUACAUAUCCAAUACAUGAAUUUCUCUUGCAAUAAGUUGACUGGGGAGAUUCCAAAUGAAGGGCCGUUCAUGAACCUCACAUCACGGUCUUUCAGGGAGAAUGAAGCACUUUGUGGGAAUCCUAUUUUUAAAGUGCCACCAUGUGCAAGCAAUAGUUCUAAGAAGUCGAUGAUUAAAAUUAAUCUUCGAUACAUUCUUCCUGUCAUUGCAUUGAUGCUAAUCUUUUCUAUUGGUGUGUUUAUUGUGAAAAGAAAUCAUGGAAACAAUGUCCAAAGUCAAAAUCUGAUAGAUUUAUAUGCAACAACGGAGCACAGAAUGAUUUCACAUCUAGAGCUUCGACGAGCCACAGAUGACUUUUGCGAAGCCAACUUGCUUGGAGUAGGAAGCUAUGGCUCGGUAUACAAAGGUGUACUUUCAGAUGGGACAAUUGUUGCCGUUAAAGUUUUAAAUUUGCAACUUGAAGGAGCUUUCAGAAGUUUUGAUAUAGAAUGUAAAGUGUUGCGAACAACUCGACAUAGAAAUCUCGUUGGAGUUAUAACGACAUGCUCUAAUCCUGAGUUAAGAGCAUUGGUUUUGCAAUACAUGUCUAAUGGAAGCCUUGAAAUGUGGUUAUAUUCUCAUAACUCCUGCCUUAAUCUCCUUCAAAGGAUUGACAUCAUGAUUGAUGCAGCAUUAGCUGUGGAAUAUCUCCAUUAUGGUCAAUUAGAGCCUGUGGUUCAUUGUGAUUUGAAGCCGAGCAAUGUCCUUCUAGAUGAAGACAUGGUUGCACAUGUUGCUGACUUCGGCAUUGCAAAAAUUUUAGCUGAAAACAAGACUGCAAUACAAACCAGGACUUUAGGUACCAUCGGUUAUAUUGCUCCAGAGUAUGGUUCCGAAGGACGAGUCUCAACAAGUGGUGAUAUAUAUAGCUAUGGUAUGAUGCUUUUGGAAACAUUCACAAGAAAGAAACCCACAGACCAAAUGUUCUCUGCGGAGAUCAAUUUAAGGCAAUGGGUGAGCACAUCACUUCCCAACAAAAUUAUGGAAAUAGUGGAUGGUGGUUUAUUGAGGAUGCAAAAUGGCAGAGACAUGGUUGCCUCACAAAGCAUUCUUCUUGCUAUUUUAGAGGUGGGUUUGGAGUGCACCGGUGAGUUACCUGUGGAGAGGAGUGACAUUAAGAAGGUUCUUGGCAAGCUCAACAAAAUCAAAAAGCAAUUCCUUCAAUUCCAAAGUAAUUGACAUGCACAUUGCACAGAACAUGGUUCAAUUAAUCCUUUGUUUCAACUGUUGCUCUUUCAAACAUUUAUCAAAAUAUUUCUCUUGUUGAUACGGUUAGUUCUUUUUCUUUCUUUUUUUUUUUUUUUGAAGUGAGGUGAUUUUUAAAAUAAAAUAU